AUGUUCCGACCUAAGAAGGUCGCCAUAAUUGGAGCGGGGCCCUCGGGGCUAGUGGCCGCGAAAACACUCCUCCACAAUUUCCCCAAGGGAACAUUCUCCCCCACCAUCUUCGAGAAAAGCCAUGAAAUAGGCGGCCUUUGGCCAAUUGACCCGCCAGCUACCGCCCAAGGUGAUGCGAACCCGGGACGAAGCCGUCGCGAUGGAUUCGUGGAUCCGUCGAUGCGGACGAACCAGAGUCGGUUCACCGUGGCUUUCUCUGAUCUAGCCUGGGAGUCGGUCUUCGAUGGCCCCGAUAUUCCUAUGUUUCCACAGGCUUGGCAGGCGGGCAGGUAUUUACAAAAGUACUUUGAGCGGUAUAUACCCAAGGAAGUCUUAAGAUUGGGGCACGAAGUUGUUGGGUCUGUUCGAGAGACCAGGGUAGGUUCGACGCCAUCAUGGACCAUAAAUAUGAACAAUACGACCGGAGAAAGCUCAGCGAAUCAAAAACUGGAAUCAGAAACCUUUGACUACCUUAUUGUCGCUUCUGGAUACUUCUCGAGACCGUAUGCCCCAUAUAUUCCUGGACUGGCUGAUUUCGCCGAGAAGACGAUCCAUAGCUCUGCCAUACAUACCAAAGAGGAUAUAUGCCUUAUGCUUGAAAAUUGUGGUGCCACUAAGGAUGGGAGUGGUAAAUUGGUCGUCAUUGGAGGAAGCAUGUCGGGUGUUGAGACUGCUACUGCGCUUGCGCUUUAUCUUUCCUCGAUGCGCUCCACCCUUUCAUAUUUUCAAGGUUAUGAGGUCCACCACAUCUGUUCACGACCCUUCUGGACCGUACCCACAUAUUUGCCGCACGCCGUCUCGAAAGACGACACUCAGGAGAGAUCCGUUCACUUCCUACCACUGGAUCUUGUCCUUAAUGACCUGGCCCGACGUCCACAUGGACCUGUCCAGUAUAACUUUGGGCCUGUAUCGCGGGAGCAAGCUGCUAAGGUCAAUAGAUACUUCAUUUCUCUUCUAGGGAAGCAAUACGCAGACUCCGGGCAUAUGGUUGCCGAUCCUCGCGACGGGACGAGUGACACCCAGCCUUCGUGGGUCGCUAUAGGAGACGACUAUGCAGGGUAUGUCCAAUCAGGUUUGGUACAGCCUAUGAUGGGCCGGGUCUUGGCCGUUAACUGCCCCCAGUCCGGCCUAGCAAGCAUCGACAUCAAGCGUUCCGAUGGCAAUGUUGUAUCUCUCCAAGACGUUACAGCCGUCAUCCUGGCCACUGGCUUCACGCCAUUUGCCUCACUCUCAUUUCUCCAAGAAGAUGUACUCUCCAAACUGGAAUUUUCUGGCGAAGACCCUUACGUCCCCCUUAUCCUGGACGGAAAAGGCAUAUCCAACGCAGAAAUCCCCGAUAUAGGAUUCGUGGGACUCUAUCGGGGACCCUUCUGGGGAGUGGUGGAAAUGCAAGCGCGGAGACUUGCGGAAUCCUGGUAUCGAGCUGAUUCCGAACAAGGCAUCCGAUUUUCAGCAGAGGAGCUGGAGGACAAGGCACAAGAAAGACAAAAUAUGCGUGACUACAGAAAUGUGAGUCCGAGCUCCCGUGGCCAAUUUCCCAUGGGAGACUACGUAGGGUUGAUGGAGACUUUUGCCAGGGAUUUGGGGAUCGAUCGGGUGCCGCUUUCAGAAACUGGGGAGAGACUUGGACCAGUUGUUCCUGCUCGGUAUAUGGCUAGUGGGCAAAAGGAGCCUUCUAUGCUAGCCGAGUCGCGUAUUGUGAUGGCUUCCUUAAGAGACACGCUUACCCCCGGUACUGACACUUCUAGUAUAGGAUUAACAAGGGCUAUUUUCAGGGCGUUGCUCGGCAAUUGGAAUUUCUCCCGGGUAUCUUCGAGAUAUGAGGCCGAAGUCACAGGGACAGCCAGCUUCUCAUCGACAUACCCGGCAAAUCCAAAGUAUGAGAAGGAGUAUAUCUACAGCGAGGGCAAAAGGAUCGAUGGAGUGCUGAGGUCAUCAGACCCAUUAACCUAUCGACUUGGAGGAACUGGUGCUAAUGGCGGUGAUGAGGUACAAAUCUCCGUCCUCAAUAGGGAUUUGGGCAUAGACCUGGAAGAAGUCCCUCAAAUAUCGCACGAACUAAAACUCGAGGGACCGCCGCGCCCCACACCAAGGGUUUCAGGGUAUGAGGAAUACGUUGUUCGAGCCAGGGGGUGUAUUAGCUCGGAACGUGACCACCUGGGCCGUGAAUACAGUUAUGAAUAUGUGUUCCGCCUCACGGGGGCAGCGAUUUCGUCCUGGGAAUGUAGGAUGGAGUACCGGAAGAUUUGGAAUGACGGCGGAGAGAACUUGGUUGGAGAAACUGAGUGGAGGAGGACAGUAUACUGGCAAUAG